UUCCCGUUAACGUUAGCCCUUCAAACUGCAAUACCCAGCCUUGACAUUGCGAAGAUGGACGCAGUUAUGGUGUAGACCAGGAAACAUAGAAAGCACAAACUGCGAGUUUCAGAGCUUUGUUAUGACAACAUUUCCAGUUGGUCCAGAACCGUUUCCUGGUUGUGAUUUUCCGGCUUGUAAUCGACCCGAGGUUUAAGAUACAAAUGGUUGGUGGAGGCAGGAGGUGUGAGUAGAGUGAAGUAGACAUCAGCAGCAUGUACUCCGAGUGGCGCUCGCUGCAGUUGGUGGUGCAGAGUGACCAGGGCCACCUCAGUGUUCUGCACACCUAUCCUGCCAAUGUGGGCAUGGAGGUGGCAAAUGCUGUGGUCAGGCCGCUGGGCACAGCUGUAAGCCCUGUCGCUACAGAGAACAUCCUCAAGACAGACAAGGAGGUGAAGUGGACCAUGGAGGUGCUGUGCUACGGACUCACCCUCCCCCUUGAGGGCGACACUGUCAAGCUGUGUGUGGAUGUGUACACAGACUGGAUGAUGGCCCUCGUGUCGCCCAGGGACUCGAUGCCUCAGCCUGUGGUGAAGGAGCCUAAUAUGUACGUCCAGACCAUCCUUAAACAUCUCUACAACGUCUUUGUACCAAGGCUUGACCAGCACAGUCUGAAUCACAUCAGGCUUUGCCAGCAGGUCCUGACUGCAGUCCAGAAGUUGGCACGAGAGUCCGUUUCCAUGGUGAGGGAAACCUGGGAGGUGCUUCUGCUCUUCCUGCUUCGUAUCAACGACACAUUACUUGCGCCGCCUACGGUUGGAGUUGGGGUGGCAGAGAAACUGGCAGAGAAAUUGAUGGCAGUGCUGUUUGAGGUGUGGCUACUGGCAUGCGCCCGCUGUUUUCCCACACCACCAUAUUGGAAGACAGCAAGGGAGAUGCUGGCCAACUGGAGACACCACCCUCCUGUUGUAGAGCAGUGGAGCAGAGUGGCCUCCGCCCUGACCUCCAGGCUUUUGCGCUUUACCCACGGACCAUCCUUCCCACCUUUUAAAGUUCCUGAUGAAGAUGCCAACCUGAUUCCUUUAGAGAUGGACAAUGACUGUGUGGCACAGACGUGGUACCGCUUUCUCCACAUGCUUAGCAACCCAGUCGACCUGAGCAAUCCUGCGAUAGUGAGCACCACUCCAAAGUUUCAGGAACAGUUUCUCAACUCCAGCGGUAUUCCUCAUGAAGUGGUGCUGCAUCCCUGUUUGAAGCAGCUACCCCAGAUCUUCUUCAGGGCCAUGAGGGGCAUCAGCUGCCUAGUGGAUGCCUUCUUGGGUGUCUCUGUUGAAAAGAGAGAUGUACGGGAGAGGGUGUUCUCUUUUUGUCCAGUGCUGCUCUCUCAUGGUAUAUCACGUCCUAGAGCUGACAGUGCCCCGCCAACCCCAGUCAACAGAAUGAGCAUGUCCCCGCCGCCCUCUAUCACCAACACCACGCCCCCUCACAGUCGCAAGCAGCGGCAUACAGUGGCCACCAAAACCGCAAGCAAGAGUUCAACUGGCAGUGGUAGUCAACCAACCAAAGCAUCCCAGCAGCAGCAGCAGCAGCAGCAGCAAACUUCGUCGUCCCCCACCCUGCUUUCCAGCCCCAACCAGAGCAGUUGGGAGUCUCGGCCCCUUCCGGCCCCAGCACGGCCAAAGGUCAACAGCAUCCUCAACCUGUUUGGCCAGUGGCUUUUUGAUGCUGCACUGGUCCACUGUAAGCUCCACAGCGGCCUCAGCCGAGACCCCAGCAUGACUGCGAUAGCCACUCAAGUAGGUCUGGAGCUGAGAAGGAAGGGUUCCCAAAUGUCCACCGACUCCAUGGUGUCCAACCCCAUGUUUGAUGCCAACGAGUUCCCAGAAAGCUACGAGGCAGGACGAGCUGAGGCCUGCGGGACUCUCUGUCGCAUCUUCUGUAGCAAGAAAACUGGAGAAGAGAUUCUGCCUGUUUACCUGUCCAGGUUCUACAUGGUUCUCAUUCAAGGUCUCCAGAUCUCCGAUUUCAUCUGUAGACCAGUUCUUGCUUCCAUCAUUCUCAACUCUUCCUCUCUCUUCUGUACUGACCUGAAAGGCAUCAAUGUGGUGGUGCCCUACUUCAUAGCUGCCCUGGAGACUAUUGUACCUGACAGAGAGCUGUCCAAAUUCAAGAUUUAUGUAAAUCCUACCGACCUGAGGAGAGCCUCCAUCAAUAUCCUGCUUGCCAUGCUGCCAUUGCCACAUCACUUUGGCAACAUCAAAUCAGAGGUUCUGUUGGAAGGAAAGUUCAAUGAAGAGGAUGGGUGGCCUCAUGACCAACCCGUGUCUUUCCUGUCCCUGAGGCUACGUCUCGUCAAUGUCCUUAUUGGAGCACUGCAGACUGAGACUGACCCCACCAACACACAGCUCAUCCUGGGUGCAAUGCUAAAUAUUGUUCAAGACUCAGCACUGUUGGAGUCCAUAGGUGCACAGACUGAAACGGGGAGUAUAGAUGGGAACCACAUGACAGUGAGUAGUCAGAGUCACAGCCGUACCAACAGUGGGAUUAGUUUCACCAGUGGGGGCAGCACGGAGGCCACCAGCCCAGACUCUGAGCGUCCUUCCCAAGCCUUGCUUCGAGACUACGCUCUUCCAGAUACGGCGGCAGGCCUGCUGGUGCGCAGCAUCCAUCUGGUCACUCAGAGACUCAACUCACAGUGGAGACAAGAUAUGAGCAUUUCACUGGCUGCCCUGGAGCUGCUGGCUGGGCUUGCCAAGGUAAAGGUAAAGGUGGGAGUAGACUCUGCAGACCGUAAGCGUGCUGUUAGCUCUAUAUGUGGGUACAUUGUGUACCAGUGUAGCCGUCCAGCUCCUCUUCAAUCCCGAGACCUCCACUCCAUGAUUGUUGCUGCCUUCCAGUUUCUCUGUGUGUGGCUCACAGAACACCCUGACAUGCUGGAUGAGAAGGAUUGUUUGGUAGAGGUGUUGGAGAUUGUGGAGCUAGGAAUCUCUGGCAGCAAGUCCCGACAGGAACAGGAAGUGCGACAUAAAGGGGAGAAGGAGCACAACCCAGCUUCAAUGAGGGUGAAGGACGCUGCUGAGGCAACUUUGUCCUGUAUCAUGCAGGUGUUGGGGGCCUUCCCUUCACCCAGCGGGCCUGCCUCCACCUGCAGCCUGCUGAAUGAAGACACCCUGAUUCGCUAUGCCAGGCUCAGUGCCACAGGAGCCAGCAACUUCCGCUAUUUUGUCCUGGACAACUCUGUCAUCCUUGCCAUGCUGGAACAACCUCUCGGCAAUGAGCAGAACCCCAGUCCAUCAGUGACGGUCUUGAUCCGAGGGACAGCUGGCAGACAUGCCUGGACCAUGCAGCUCUUUCACCAACCCAGAGGAGCUCGGGCCAGUCAGAGGCAGGUGUUUGUUCCCGAGGGCCGCCCAACGCCCAACAACUCUGUGGGGAUAAAGUACAAUGUGAAGCAGAGACCUUUCCCUGAAGAGGUGGAUAAGAUUCCUCUUGUCAAAGCUGAUGUCAGUAUUCCUGACCUGGACGACAUUGUCAGUAAAGAGGUGUGUUGUAUGGGCUGGCAGGAUGAUUCGAGAACUGCAAAUACACUGAGUUAUUACCCACACCUGGAAGUUCAGCACGACAAGCUUCGUAUUCUGAUGACCAAGCAGAUAGAGUAUGAGAAUGCCUUGGAGCGGCACAGCGAGGAAAUCUGGAUGUCCAGGUGUUUCCCUGACCCACAGACAGACUGCAAACCCCCUCCGCCCUCACAAGAGUUCCAGACAGCACGGCUCUUCCUCUCCCACUUUGGCUUUCUGUCUCUGGAGGCGCUCAAGGAGCCCAACAACAGUCGUCUACCUCCUCAUCUAAUUGGCCUGGAGUCAUCCUUGCCAGGGUUUUUUGAUGACAUUAGCUACCUGGACCUGCUUCCCUGCCGACCAUUUGACACUGUCUUUAUUUUCUACGUGAGGGCUGGACAGAAAAGCAGCCCUGAGAUCCUGAGGAAUGUGGAGUCAUCGUCUAGUGUCCAGCCCCACUUUUUGGAGUUCCUGCUGUCCUUGGGCUGGCCUGUGGAUGUAGGACACCACCCAGGAUGGACAGGACACCUAGAUACCAGCUGGUCCCUCAACUCCUGCUCUGACAGCAAUGAUCCACAACCAGCAGAGGAAGCAGCUACUCCUGAGGACACGGGGGGUUCAGUGUUCAACGGGGAGAAGAAAGUCUUGUACUACGCAGAUGCUCUGACAGAGAUCGCCUUUGUUGUUCCAUCUUUAACAGAAAAUUCUGAGGAGUCAUCAGUUCACAGUGACUCCACAGUGGAGGCAGACACCAACACAGACCUCAUGCCUGGUUUACUAAAACAACCCAAUCUCACACUGGAGCUGUUCCCCAACCAUUCUGAAAAUCUGGAGUCUGCCAAAAAGCUGAGUCCUUUGGUCAAGACAAAGAGGUCAUCGACUGGAAAGUCUUUCCCACCACUGGGUCCUGAGACGAAGGUGUUUGUGGUCUGGGUGGAGCGCUUUGACGAUAUCGAGAACUUCCCGUUGUCUGAUCUCUUGGCGGAAACCAGCACGGGCUUGGAAGCUAGCAUGAGCAACAGCACUUCCUGCAGGUCAGGGUUACUAGAGAAGGAUGUUCCUCUGAUCUUCAUCCACCCUCUGAAGACGGGACUCUUCAGGAUCCGGCUACAUGGAGCUGUGGGUAAAUUUGGCAUGGUGAUUCCCCUGGUGGACGGCAUGGUGGUCAGCCGCAGAGCACUAGGGUUUCUUGUACGCCAAACGGUCAUCAACGUGUGCCGACGGAAGCGUCUGGAAAGUGACUUGUACAACCCCCCUCAUGUGAGGCGGAAGCAAAAAAUAACUGAGAUUGUCCAGCGUUACCGCAACAAGCAACUGGAGCCUGAGUUUUACACCUCGCUGUUCCACGAGGUGGGAGAGGGAAAGCCUCACCUCUAACCCCCCUGUUCUGUCCUAACACUGGCUCACAGGCGCACACAAACACACACUUUUAUCCUGUACUCAUACACCAUUUACAACUUUGCGUGCAUACACACACACACACACACAGAAUCUUUAUAUUUAUACUGUACUGUUUUGUUAUUUAUAUGAAUACAUAUAUCAACACUGUCUGCCUUUGACUCUGAGAGCAAAGUGUCAAAAACCAUGCCAAGGUGGAAAAAGCUACAUUUCUGUGUUGCAGUCACACAUUGAAGAUUUGGCGGAAGUUCAACAGUGACUGUCUCUCCUCAUUUAGGUUAUAGGUUUGUGCUUUGUGGCAAAAAUGUUUUUGCUUGUCAUUAACUGCAAUACAAUAGUUACACUGUUGGCCUUUCUGAAAUUGUGAAAAGUUUGUCAUUUAAACCUUGUGAUAAGAUUGAAUUCUAUGAUGGUUUGGUAAUACAGAGUUGUGUCCAAAAUCCCGAACUACAUAUCUGUUUUUGUUUUAAUCAAACAGAUUUAUGGUUGGAUUUUUGCCAAGGAAAUAAACGUGUCAUAAAAGUAUUUUAUAAUAUCCAUCGCUGCUGCUUCAAGGCAGGUGGCUUCAAGAGAACAAAGAAGUGAUUGACUGCAUUAACCCAUAAUCUAAUUUUACAACAAAUUUUCAUCUACCUGAAAAUACCUGCUAAAGUCUUCCUUGUGCGAACACAUAUUCGGCCAUUGCAGCAGCUGACUUUUUUCCAGAUGAUUUAUAGGACUCCUAUAUUGUUUUACUGUAUGUGGAUGUCAUUUUUGACACCUGUCUCUGUGCGCGCGCGUGUGUGUGUGUGUGUGUGUGGGGCCACGUGUAUGCUUGUUCAGACAGUUAAAUCGUUACACUGCAGGGAGUCAUAGUGACCCCUAAAAACCCCACCCCAUGAAUGGCAUUUAAAGCUGAAUUGUCACUUUAAACAAACACGAAUCUCAAGAUAGUAGUUUUGAAACGUUUAGUUUCCUCCUUCAAGGCGUACCCUAGAAGUGGUUUACUCUUAAUGCUUGGCAACAUUUGAGUUUACUGAUAAUGAGAGUAGUUCCAGAGCUCCUGGAGUUUGCACUUGAUGUUUGCAGGGCUAAUAUGAAAUGACCACCAAGACAUUUUAGGUUUGAAGUCUCAAUACCAAACAGAACUACAGCACAGUGAAGUGUCUUGCUCCUCCAAACAAAUCUAUAGUGUUUGAUUCAACAGCCAAAACUCUCAAUGUAGCUGACAGCAUUAUAUACAGCUUGCAUUUUGGCUGAUCAAAGCUGUAAUUUUUUAUUCUUAACAAAGAAAGAGAAUAUGUGCAGGUUUACCUUCACAGGUUUUAGUAACUUUCUUUUUUGCUUUACAAUUUGUUUCACUUUUGUUUACUCACUGUACUUUGGUUUUGAUUCAAGCCCUUUCACUGUCUGCCUGUAACAAUGUGAAUUUAUUUAUCACAGAGAUGGAACAGGGCAAACACCUCUAGUUUCUUUGUUAUAUUGGAAAGUCUUAAUGCACUGAGCACAUUUUAUGUUUAUUUUCUAUUCCCUUUGGUUACCUUACAUGUCUUUUUGUACUUUUGUGCAUUUUGGAAGAAAACCCUGCUGAAGGAAUAGUUUUAUCUUGUGAAAUAUGAAUGAAGGUGUUGUGGAGUUUUUAACCUAUCAUGUCUAAUUGUGUGACUCACUGUGCUGUAUGCACAUGCCUUUUUUGGAAGGAAAAAGUACAUUAAAUAUGCUUCAAAGACACUACAUACAAUCAGUCAUACAUUGUAUCCUAUGUUACUCAUCUGAUUGAUCAUAUUUAAGGAUUUGCCAUGUACAGAAGUGGAGGAUAAUAUGUAAAUAUAUGAUAGUGUAAGGCAUUUACAAGUUGUCUGUUGCAUUCCUCAUCUGAAAUAGGGAGAAAAGUUAUGUAUGUAUGCAAUUAUGUGUGGGAGGAUUACAAUGGGUAUUGGAAUGUAACAUGCACCAAUUAAAACUAUUAUUGACAUUUUAAA